GGCCUUUUAUGGUGUAACAAGUUUCCGUUUUGCUACGAGAGCUGUGAUAUAACGGCCUACAAAGUAAAAAGCCGAAAAUAAUUGUCAAUUUUAAAUCUACCAGUUAUUUGCUUUAUACUCAAAUAGUUGUACGAGCAAACUACUUGUAUUGAGUAUAAUUAUUCUGAUAAGGUGCAUUUCUUGGAUUAGCACAAAUCAACACCCAUAUGUGUAAUUGUAUCAAGUGUAAGGCUAUGGGAAUUCAUGCUGCAUAAGCUGUUCAGAUUGUGAAUAACAAGGGAUAACGAGAAGAAAAGUGCAGCUUUGAGAUCAGAAACUUCUUAGCUCAUUAGGAUAAAAAUGUAUGCUUGAAUCGUAGUUUCUAAACUUCCCAUUAACGAGAAACCUGCUGCAAAGGAAUACAGUUACUCUUCUUUGUUUGUGUGUCGCAGUUUUAGAACACAGUGUCAACAGCCAUUUCCCCACAUGAAUCUUACACGACGUCCGUUUCUUAAUUUCCAUGCUGCACGACAGAAAGAAGAGCAAAAUUCCGAUAAAAACACAGAAAAUUGGAUUGGUGGUAGCCUUAGCCCUAACCUUCAACCUCCUACACCGCCAGUAUAUCCAGACAAUAAUGAACCUUUUGCAACUUGUCGAAUCGGUUAUUAUUUAUUGCUAGGACAACAGGAAGGCUCUACUUUUUAUCGAUGUAUCCAUAUACAAACCCAAGAAGAAUUUAUUUGUAAAAUAAUUUCUAGAGACAAGUAUGAAAAAUACGUAGCCGGAUAUUUCCGGUUAGAUGGCCAUCCACAAAUAAAUCAAAUAGAGGAAAUUUUAGUAGGCCUAAAUCGGACAUACAUAUUUUUCUCACGUUCAUUCGAGGACUUGCACUCUUACGUGCGAUCUAAACGUCGUCUGAAGGAACAAGAAGCUAUACCUCUUUUUAAUCAAGUAGUGAAAGCUGUCCAGGCGUGCCACGAAGCUGGUGUGGUUUUACGAGACCUCAAGCUUCGAAAGUUUGUUUUUAAAGAUAAUGAGAGAACUCAACUGAAGUUGGAGACAUUAGAUGAUGCUGUAGUGUUGGAUGAAGGUUCCAGUGAUCAGCUCAGUGACAGGCAUGGUUGCCCAGCUUAUGUGAGUCCUGAGAUUUUAACACCAACAGAAAGCUACUCUGGGAAAGCAGCAGACUGUUGGAGCCUAGGAGUGAUGCUUUACACACUGCUGGUUGGGCGGUAUCCUUUCCAUGACAGUAACCAUACCUCACUCAUAGGAAAGAUUCGCAGAGGAAAGUUUACAAUUCCAGAUAGUCUUUCAUCUCAGGCAAAGUGUCUUAUUCGGAACUUGUUAAGAAAAGACCCUGCAGAAAGAAUAACAGUUGAAGAAGUACUUGAACAUCCAUGGUUUAGAUUGUCCUUUCGUAAGGGAAGAGCCUCUUUUGACAACUGUAAUGAUGAAGCAAGGGUUCCAGAACUUGUGUUUGAUGUAGAAAAACCAAGUGACAGUUUCUUCUUCUUAGAACCAUUGUAAAAAUAGCCAGUCUUGUGUUGAAAUUAUAAAAUCUCCACAGUCUUUGUUGAUUAAGUGGAGUUUGUGACUUUUGCUUGUAUUAUUGUAACAAGUGUUUCUUCAUUUUGGAAACUAAUGUGUGAUAAACCUACCAUACUGGGGAACUUUCUGUUUCUUUGGUGUAUUUUACCUUAUGACUACAAGUUUAUAUCUUAACAAGGAUAGUAGCAAACAGUUUUGUAUUAAUCACAUGGACCAAGCUCUUAAUAUCUUCAGAGCAACAGACAACUAUAAAUUGCUCUGAUAAUCAAGUCUAGAAUGAUAGUGUCUGUUUAGCAUAUAUCACUGUCAUGUAAUUAUAUAGUUCCUAAGCAUUCCCAGGUAUUCAGUAACACUGUAGAUAAAAUAUGAAUGACCAAGGACCAAAGGUGCAUAUAUAUUCCGCAGAAUUUUUAUUUUCUUGCCAAUUUGAGCAUCCCUGUCCAAAACUUAAAGAACAUCAUGGUAUUAUUUCUUUUAGUGAAAAAUGUGUUUAAUAUUUAAAUAGUGUGUUUUAAGUCUUCUCUUGGUAACUAACAAAUUCAAUUAAAUACUUACAACUUUUCAAAAUAAACCACAAAGAUAAUGCACAGGUAGCUCUAUGUUAUCUACUAGUUUGUUAAUUCUACAUGAUCUACAAGAAAAAAGUAUGACAGUUGACAAAUGAAAUUGUUUUCCUUUUUUUCUAGUAAAUUAUACAAGAAAAGAAAAAUUAUAACUUCAAUAAAUGUUUUUAUAAUGACAAGUGAAAAAUGUAUUUAGAAGGAAGAAACUUUUUACAAAAUUUAUAGAAAAUUGAGACUUUUGCUGUUUCUGAGCCAUAAAAUACUACAGUUUUUUCGAAUAAUGUUUAUAAAUUUGAUUAAAUAAAAUAGAAUGGAUGGUGUAUUACCUUUAUGAAUUCUUGUCACCAGCUGUUAACUUAUUUUCACUGCAAACAACAUAGUUGUGCAACUGCUUGUGUUAGUGCAAUUAAAGUAUAAUUUUUUGUUUGUAAUAAAUAAAAUCAAAAAUAGAGAAAGUAAAAAGAAAUCAAAAUGAUUUGACUAAAACUGUAUUGUUGACAUUUUCCUAUAUAGCAACUUAGAGGUAUCUCAAGGUAAGUUGUAGAUUACUAUUAACAUGUGUGAUCUUCAUAUAAGUCAGAUUUGUUCAAUUGUUUACACUGAGUUAAAUUCCUGUUUCUAUUGUAGGAAUAAGUACAAAACACUGGUUUGAUGCUUAUACAUUAACUAGGUAAUGAGACUAUAGUAAAAAUCUGUUGAGUAUUAAUUGUUACCUUGGUAGCAUAUAAUAAUGAUAAAGUUAAAUAAAAAGAAAACUGUUUGUUAGAACUGAAUGAAUGUGAUAUUUGAAAAACUUAUCGUUAAAAUUGUUGAUAUCCUAAACAUAGUAAUUCUAGAACUGUGAGUUUAAUAAAUGGUAGAAGAAAGCUACAGUGAACCUCCCCUUAUAUGGUAACCUGUGUUUAGAUCUCAGUAGAAUUUAAUACAGUGCAUUACAGAUAUCCAUUGUCUAAGGAAGGAGAAAAGGUUCUCCUAUCUUGUUUUAUCUGUUAAAUAUUUUAAAGAAAAUUUUGAGUUGGAGCUUAAUAUUUAUAAUUUCUUAUGAACUCUCAGUUUAACAGUUGAUAAAUUAAAACUUGCUAAUUCUAUAAAGUUUUUCUGGAUUCAUCUGGCAUUAUUUAUGAACAUAAGUAAUAAAAUGGUAUUUAUUUUUGAGGUAUAUGUUUUUCAAUAUGUAACUUGAAACACAUAUUUCUUAAGUUUACUGUUUUAAAAGACAAAACUUCUAAUAAUGUUCAUACUUCUAUGCAAUGGAUUGAAGGGAAUUGGGCUGAUUUAAGACAUCAAGUGAUGCAGGUACCAGACAUUGGUUAGUUUUGAGGGCAUUAAAUGUACAGUUUUGAUCGAAGUAAAAUAAAAAUAUGUAUAGUGAUUUAGAAGUUGUAGUACCUAUAACUUGGUUCAAAUCAUGUUAAUAAAAGAAACAAAGCAAACAAAUAUAAAAUAACUGAUUCCAUAAUUUUAUAACUGGCUGAGAAACGAGACAAUUCAUGAAUACUGUAUUCAUAAUAUUAUAGAAGUAAAAUAAAAAUAUGUAUAGUGAUUUA